AUGUCAACUGCGAAUUCAGAAACAAUAUCAAUCGAGCAAAAAUUGGCUGUUCAGUCUAUAAGACGUUUCCUAGAGUCCAAGACAUCGUAUGAUGUACUUCCAGUGUCAUACCGACUUAUUGUCAUGGAUACGUCACUACUGGUGAAGAAGUCUCUUAACAUCUUAUUACAGAAUAACAUCGUUUCUGCGCCAUUGUGGGACUCCCAUACAUCACGAUUCGCUGGGCUACUGACCUCCUCUGAUUUCAUAAAUGUCAUUCAGUAUUACUUUUCGAACCCCGAUAAGUUUGAAUUGGUCGACAAAUUACAAUUGGAUGGUUUAAAAGAUAUCGAACGUGCUAUAGGUGUGAGGCCACUCGACCAGGGAUCCAUUCACCCCUUCAAGCCAUUAUAUGAGGCUUGCUGUAAGAUGAUAGAGUCCAGAAGUAGGAGGAUUCCUCUGAUCGAUCAGGAUGAGGAAACGCACAGAGAAAUUGUUGUGAGUGUUUUGACUCAGUACAGAAUUCUCAAAUUCGUCGCACUAAAUUGCAGAGAAACCAGAUAUUUAAAACGCCCUAUCGGAGAACUUAAUAUAAUCACUCAGGGAAAUUUGUUGAGUUGUCGGAUGCAUACACCAGUCAUUGAUGUUAUCCAACUUUUAACGCAAGGAGGAGUAUCCAGUGUGCCUAUCAUUGAUGAGCAUGGAAGACUUGUCAACGUUUAUGAAGCUGUUGAUGUCCUCGGUCUAAUUAAGGGAGGAAUAUAUAACGACUUGUCACUUAGCGUGGGCGAGGCUUUGAUGAGAAGAUCGGACGAUUUUGAAGGCGUUUAUACCUGCACUAAGAACGAUAAGCUCGUUACAAUUAUGGAUACUAUAAGAAAAUCCAGGGUUCACCGAUUUUUUGUUGUCGAUGAAGAAGGGUUACUCAUAGGUGUUUUGACUCUAAGUGAUAUUCUCAAGUACAUCUUGUUUGAAGAAAACUGA